GCCGCCAGGGGUCGGGAUAGCGCGGCCCGCACGCCCUGCUGAAGGGUCCAUUGGACGGGAGGGGUGAAGGUGACGCCCCUUCCCGACAGGCGGGCUCUGUGGGGCAGGAGGAGGGAGCUUGCUAUGGGACUCUCUCUCCGGCCCCGCGCACCGCCGCGCGCCCUCAGCCAUGGCUCGCAACUUCGAGCACCUUUUCGAGUCCCUCGGACACUUCGGCAGAUACCAGGCACUGGUUUACUUUACCUCUGUGUUUCAAUCUAUUUCUUGCGGCAUCCAUUACUUGGCUUCUGUUUUCUUGGCUGUUACACCAAAGUUUGUAUGUAGUGUUCCUGGAAAUGUGAGCCAUGUCCUCAUUUACAAUUCAUCUCAUUCAAACAUAGAGGAUGUCUGGAGUCUGUGGACAUCAACGCAAAGCUACAUCUUGGUCCAGCUGGCAAAUGGAGACAUUUGGGAGCUUAAUCAAUGCAGCAGGUCUAAACGAGAAAAUGUCUCAAGAUUUACUUACAAAUAUAGUGGGAACAAGACUGAUUUUCUGUGUACUGAUGGCUAUAUCUACGACCACACCAAUUGGCAGAGCACCAUUGUAACCGAGUGGGAUUUGGUCUGUCAGCAGGAAUGGCUUGCAAAAUUAACCCAGCCAACAUUUAUGCUGGGGGUCCUUAUUGGAGCUGUAAUCUUUGGAGACCUUGCAGACAGACUGGGGAGACGCUACAUCCUGUGGCUCACAAGCACUGGACAGUUUAUAUUUGGCAUUGCUGUGGCGUUCACAUUUAACUACACCAGUUUUGUGAUUGUCCGUUUCCUUCUUGCAAUGGUUUCAAGUGGCUACUUGGUGGUGGUGUUUGUUUAUGUGACUGAAUACACGGGCAUCAAAGCCCGCACCUGGGCCUCCAUGCACAUCCAUGCUUUCUUUGCUGUGGGAAUCAUGGUGGUGGCCCUUGUGGGCUACUUGGCACGGACCUGGUGGGUCUAUCAGAUCUGCCUUUCUGUAGCCACUCUCCCAUUUGUCUUGUGCUGCUGGAUGCUCCCAGAGACACUGUUCUGGCUGCUCACAGAGGAAAGAUACGAAGAAGCACAAAAAUUAAUUAAUGUAAUGGCAAAAUGGAACAAAGUAAGCACUCCUUGUAAAAUUGCUGAACUGCGCCCGAUGCAAGAUGAUCUUGUCAGUAGCAGAAUGGGGGAUCAUGACAGUUCUCCCAUGAAGAAGCACAACAUCUUAGAUCUGUUCCAUAACUGGCACAUUGCAAGAAGGACCAUUACAGUCUGGCUGAUUUGGUUCACUGGGAGUUUAGGAUAUUAUGUAUUCUCCCUCAGUUCUGUGAACUUUGGAGGCAAUGAAUUUUUAAAUCUGUUUCUCAUAGGUGCUGUGGAGCUUCCAGCAUAUGCCAUUGCCUGCCUGGGAAUGGACAGAGUAGGGCGAAGGAAUACCCUGAUCCCAUUCCUCAUCAUGAGUGCAGUGAUCUGUGGGAUAGUGAUGCUCAUACCUCAGGAUUUCAAUACUCUGAGUAUAGUAGCAAACAUGGCUGGAAAAUUUGCAAUAGGAAUUGCAUUUGGCCUUAUCUACUUGUAUACGGCAGAACUCUAUCCAACAGUUGUACGGUCCCUUGCUGUUGGAAGUGGGAGUAUGAUGUGCCGAGUUGGGAGUGUGGUUGCACCUUUUUGCGUCUAUCUAUCAAGUGUUUGGAUCUUCUUCCCACAGUUGAUUGUUGGAAUCAUGGCCUUCUUGACCGGUGUGCUAACACUGCUGCUACCAGAAACACUUGGAAGACCAUUGACAAAUACGUGGGCAGAAGCUGCAGAGCUAGAUGACCGGGUCACCAAAAAAAGCCCUUCAGAAAAAUCUCUUCCAGCACAGAAUGAUGCAACACUGGAGAAAAUGGAAAUGCUAAACCAAGGAGCACAUGGCACUGACUGAUAAAAUUAUCCCUUUGGUUUUUAGCCAGCUUGUGUGAUUUUAUCUGCAACAUCCUAACAGACAAUCCAUGUGCCAUGUAACGAACAUUUUCUUGCUUUCUCAAGAAGAGAGACAUAUGACCUAGUUCCUUGUUCAGGGUGCUUUUCUGAAUCAUCUAGCUAGCAGCUGGAGUAAUGUGCAUUAUUUUUCUGAGACACACACAGAGAAAAUGUUCUCUUUCUGCUUAUUUUGAAAACCUCUCUCAGGAGUCCUUAUAUCAGCAACAGCCAACACCAGAAGAAAGUAGAAACUCAUGAUUUCCGGAAGAAGUAUGGCAGUGUAGGAACACUCACUUUGUAUUGCAGUGAUUUAUCUGUAUAUUGCCUAGCAUCAAUAAAGGAAAAGAAACAGGCAUCC